UGCGGGGCUCAGGAGAGUUGAGAGGCGCCGGCGUUCGGGAGCCCGCUGGAAAAAAGGGGGGAAAAGCGAAGGAAAUCGGGGCAUCUCCUCGUCUUCCUCCUCCAGGCCUCUGGGACGCGUUUAGUGUUCCUGGAAUAGUCUUAGGAUACGGGUGAGGAGAAGGACGAAGAAGAGAAGGAGCGGUGGCUUUGAGAGGGAGAAACCGUUAAGGAUGUAAGGAAAACCUUGAGGUUUUCGGAUGAAAUUCCACUCCUUGCCCUCAGGACCUUGAGGGGUGUAUUCAGGGGACGAGUUUACCUUCUGCUGCCGACGAUAUUGUUUAUAAAUACUUGAACGUGACUGCAAUUAAAAUGCCACACCAAAACAAUGAUUGCUCACAUUUGGAAUCUGUUGGUGAGAUAACCAAAGAAGACUUGAUACACAAAUCUCAUGGGACUUGUCAAGACUGCAAGGUAAAAGGACCAAAUCUGUGGGCAUGCUUAGAGAAUAGAUGCUCCUAUGUUGGUUGUGGGGAGUCACAUAUAGAUCAUAGCACCAUACAUUCAGAGGAAACAAAGCACUGUUUAACAGUUAAUCUUACAACACUUCGUGUCUGGUGUUACGCAUGCAGCAAAGAAGUGUUUCUGGAUAGAAAGCUAAGAACUCAUUCUUCCUUACAAAAUGUACGGUUAUCUUCCCCUGGUCCUGAACAUAUCAUACAGGAUAUUAAGCUACCUAGUAUCCCUACACUGAAAAUUCCUUUAAUUGCAACAUUUGAUGACCUAGAUGUACAAGUUGAUGAAGAAGAUGAAUUAAAGGCUAGAGGUUUGACGGGCUUGAGAAAUAUUGGAAACACCUGCUACAUGAAUGCAGCUUUACAAGCACUUUCAAACUGUCCCCCAUUGACACAGUUUUUCCUUGACUGUGGGAGUUUAGCUAGGACCGAUAAAAAACCAGCCAUUUGCAGAAGUUAUUACAAACUUAUAACAGAACUCUGGCAUAAAAGCAGGCCUGGAGCUGUGGUCCCCACAAAUUUGUUUCAAGGAAUUAAAGCAGUUAAUCCAACAUUUCGAGGCUAUUCGCAACAAGAUGCCCAGGAAUUUCUACGUUGUCUAAUGGAUUUGCUUCAUGAAGAGUUAAAAGAAACUGUUAUUACAGGAGAAGAUAAUAGCACCACAACCGUUGAAGAGAGAAUGGAAGAAGAAAAAUGCCCAUCAGAUGCAGAUUUUCAAUGUAUUAACGAUGAUAAGGUAGAAAACGAUCCUUGGUCAAAACCUGUGGCAGAUGAUCCUGCAGAAAAUGCAAUGUUAAUUGAGGAGGAUGAAAAUACAUCUAAAGAUUAUAGAAAAGAGAGAUCCUUGGGUACCAAAAUGAAUAGAACAAAUUCUACGGACAACACAGAAAAAGAUAUAAACAGUUUCCGUGAAACAGCUGAACUUUUGAAUAACCAGGAAACAGUGAAGGUACAAAUACACAGCAGAUAUUCAGUUCCAACUGCGUUUUCCUCUAAAAAGAAGAAAAACAAAAAAUACCGAAGUGUUAUAUCAGAUAUAUUUGAUGGUUCUAUUUUAAGUUCUGUACAGUGUCUCACAUGUGAUCGGGUUUCAGUUACCCUGGAAACUUUCCAGGAUUUGUCUUUACCUAUUCCAGGUAAGGAAGAUCUUGCUAAGCUGCAUUCUGCAAAUCAUCAGACCUCUCUUGUCAAGGCAGGAUCCUGUGGUGAAGCAUAUGCUCCUCAAGGUUGGAUUGCGUUUUUUGUGGAAUAUUUCAAAAGGUUUGUUGUCUCAUGUGUCCCUAGCUGGUUUUGGGGUCCAACAGUAACCUUACAAGAUUGUCUUGCUGCCUUUUUUGCCAGAGAUGAAUUGAAAGGUGACAAUAUGUACAGUUGUGAAAAAUGUAAAAAGUUAAGAAAUGGAGUAAAAUUCUGCAAAGUUCAACACUUCCCUGAGAUUUUAUGUAUUCAUCUCAAAAGAUUCAGACAUGAUCUUAUGUUUUCCACAAAAAUUGGAACUCAUGUAUCCUUUCCUUUGGAAGGACUUGAUCUUCAACCUUUUCUUACUAAAGAUAGUCCUGCUCAAAUAGCAAUAUAUGACCUUUUAUCUGUCAUCUGCCACCAUGGAACUGCAAUCAAUGGGCAUUAUAUAGCUUAUUGUCGAAAUAAUUUAAAUAAUCGAUGGUAUGAGUUUGAUGAUCAAAGUGUCACAGAAGUAACAGAAUCAACUGUCCAAAAUGCAGAAGCUUAUGUUCUCUUCUACAGAAAAAGUAACGAAGAAGCUAAAAGAGAGAGAGAGAGAGUGUCAAGCCUUAAUGUUAUGGAACCAAGCCUCCUUCAAUUUUAUAUUUCACGUUUAUGGCUGAAUAAAUUUAGAACUUUUGCUGAACCAGGACCUAUUUCAAAUAAUGAUUUUCUCUGCAUACAUGGAGGAGUUCCUCCAUACAAAGCUUCUUUUAUAGAAGAUCUGGUUGUAAUGCUUCCUCAGAACAUAUGGGAUAAUUUGUACAGCAGGUAUGGUGGAGGACCAGCAGUUAAUCAUCUGUAUGUAUGUUAUACAUGUCAAAUGGAAACAGAAAAAAUAGAAAAAAGACGGAAGACAGAACUGGAAAUGUUUAUUCGGUUGAAUAGAGCAUUCCAAGAGGAGGAAUCUCCAUCUAUAUUUUAUUGCAUCAGUAUGCAAUGGUUCAGAGAAUGGGAAGCAUUUGUGAAGGGCAAGGACAGCGAUCCUCCAGGUCCUAUUGAUAAUACCAAAAUUGGUGUCGGUAAAUGUGGUUUGCUUGUUCUGAAACAAGGAGCUAAUUCUGGACAGAUUUCCGAAGAAACAUGGAAUUUUCUAAAGUCAAUCUAUGGAGGAGGCCCAGAAAUUAUACUGCGACCACCUGUUGCUCAAAGUGAAUCUGAAUCAUUACAGACGGAAGAUAAAGUAGAAUUAGAAACACGUAGACUGUAGCCAUCAAAUCAAGGAAUGAAUUCUUAUAAGAUACCUUCUGUUUAGCAACAUACAUUCCCCAAAUUUUUCAAGUUUUUAUCUUUUUUUUCUGUGAAAUAAGAGAAUGGCAGGCAUUUUAUCUAUGGAAAGUGAAUUGAAACACAUAUUGGUCAGUGACCAUAAUCAAGAAUUGAACUGAGAUUGAAACCUCUAAUAUACAAAUUAUAAAUAUUAGAACUUUUCAAAGAGACUUUGGAAUUGUUAUCUUAUUCUACAUCAGUGUGUAUGUGUGUGUGUGUGUGUGUGUGUGUGUGUGUGUGUGUGUGUGUAUAUAUAUAUAUAUAUAUAUUAAUUUAUGUGUUAUAAAUAUAAUUGAUCUUUUCACUAGAACUAUAAAUUACCAGGCCCUCUCCAUUCAAGUUUUAUCAAGACAAGUUGUCAAGGUUAUUGAACAUCAUUUGAUGGAAAGGUGGCAUUAGUUAGCAAUUAAGAAAUAGAAAUAAUAAAUGUUGUAUAAAAACUCAGGAAUAGUAAUGUUUUCUUUGUGUGUAUCAGAUAUGUAAACAAUUCAGAUGAAUCACUGUCUCAGUCAGCAAAUAUAAAUUAUGUACUGUUUAAAUGCUCUAAUAUGUUUUUGCCGUAUAUGUAACUGAACAGGUCUAUAAUCUCUAGGAAAAAUUGAUUUUAAGAGCAUGAAAUGGGUACAUUAAUUGCUCAUGCAAUUUAGGACGUUUAUAGUCUUUUUUAAUUCAAUGCAUUAAUAGUUCCACGUGGAGAAAAUUUAUAGUAAUGCAGUGCUCAUUGGCAUGAUGUCAGAUGUUGAAUGCAUUCAACAAGAUUGCAAAACAUUCUAGAUUAUUCAUAUUGAAAUGUUGAAUGUCAUCCAAAUGAUUUUUUCUUCCUGAAUAUUGCCACGGUGUAGACAAUAUUAUGAAAUGCUAGUUUAAUAAAAGUCAUUUCUAAAAUUGUA